GUGCUAUGAGGUUCCGCAGGAAAUACCGGACUCCGGCCGUGAUAAACCAUGAGGUCAUCGUUCAGAACCUCGAGGAUAUUGCGUACCUCCUGGCGAUACUCAUCGUGAUGGGGUUCAUAAUUGAGGACCCACCCAAGAAUGCCAUCAUGUUUGUUGCUCUGCAGUACAAUGUCACCUAUACCAUUGAUGACAACACUGAGCAAUUUGAUUUUUAUGACUAUGGUCGAAGAGACAUUGCCACAAUCAGCUUCUACAUGCUUGUAGCUAUUAAAGUGCAUGCUGUAAUCCAGGAGUGCAUAUUAGAUAAAAUUAAUAGGUAUCUGCAGCUGUCAGAACAGGAGAAGACCAAAUUCAACGAAUCAGGACAGCUUGCAUUGUUCUACUUGUUUUCAUUUAUAUGGGGAGCAAGUAUUUUGAAUGCAGAAGAAUUCGCAAUGAACCUAACCUCGUUCUGGAAAGAUUAUCCCUUUUCUCGUAUGCUUUUUCAGGAAAAAUUCUUCUAUAUAUGCCAGAUAGCCUAUUGGCUUCAUGCACUGCCGGAGCUAUACUUCCAAAAGGUCCAAAAGGAAGAUAUUCCAAGGCAGCUAUGUUAUAUUUGCCUUUACAUUACUCAUAUCUCUGGUGCCUAUAUAUUAAAUUUGCAGCAUUUGGGGCUAAUUCUGGUGGUACCUCACUAUUUUGUGGAAUUCAUUUUUCAUGCCUUGCGUCUCUUCUACUUCCCUGAUGAAAACAUGCAAAAAGGAUUUAUCAUUUGGGCUUUACUUUUCAUAAUGGUGCGUAUUUUGACCGUAACUUUAUCUGUCCUCACGUUUGGAUUUGGUCUGGCAAGAGCAGAGAAUCCAGGUUUUUCCAUAGCAGAUGGAAACUUCAAUACACUCCCUGUGAGGAUUGGCUGCCUGGGUGCUGUUUGUCUAACACAGGCCUGGAUGAUGCGGAAAUUUGUACAUUUUCAGCUGAAGAAAUGGAGGGAGCUUGUUAAGAACCAGAUUCCAGAGAAAAAAACAAAUAACCCAAAGAAGAAACGAACAAAAAAGGAACCAGGCAAAGCGAACUUUGCCAGCGGAGCAGCAAAACCAGAAGACGGAGCAUCACCAAGAACAAGAAAAUCAAAACCAGUAUGA